CCGAGAAUCAUGCACAGUAAUCUCCCACUAAUCAUGCCAUGUCAUCAUGAUUACCUUGCUAGUUGCCACUUGUUCAAAACAUCAAGUCCAAAAUUCAAAUUUAUCAAACAUACAAACUGAAAUGUUCAAAGUGUGGCAAAUAUUCCAGAACUAAUUAUGGUGGUGACCCCACAUUUUUGUAAAGUAUUAAAAUGCCCUUUUGUGAAUAUAAAGUGGGUUUAACAAUUAAUUAAAUGCCUUUUCUAAUUUAUAAAAUAUUGAACUAUUUUAUUUGAGCCAAACUUUUUCUGCCAUCUAAGGACAUUGUCUAGUAUUUAUAUGACAUGAUUCACAUUUUACAAAAAUUGUUUGGUGGGUCAACUAAAUGCAAAACAGGAGCUCAAAAACAAACAGCCACGAAAUUGAAAAACAAAGGUAAAAAAAAAGCAAAAGGAAACAGCCCACCCCCUUGUCCCCAUGGGCCUUAGCCCACCCAGCCGGCCCAACAUCUCAGCCAGCCCACCUACCCCAUCGGUCGCCUUCGCCUACUGUUCUCCUGGCGCGACCGCUACAGGGACACGUCCCUGUCGGACCAGCUCGCCGGCGCCGCCCCGAGGGGAUAAGGGCGCCGUCCCCUCGACGCCUCGAGCCCUCCCGUCCACUCACCGCUCCCCACUUGCGCCCCCUCGCUCUCUCUCUUGCCCACGCACUCGUCACCUCCUCCAGAUCCAUCGCCGAGCACGGUCGUUGCCGCUCGCCUCACUCUGCCAUGGCCAGCAGGCACAUCUCGCCUCGCCGUUGCGUCCACAAAGACCGCCGUCGUCCGCUGCGUCUACUACGGAGACGAAACGAGCCGGAACCCCUUCCAUCGUUGAGCCGGCCCUCUGCUUCCACCUCCGGCCACCGAAGGCCGCCGCCGUCGUUCUGCUGCACCGAGCCUCCCCCGAGCCCGCUCAUGCACAUCUGCAGGUCCGCG